AUGUUCCAAUUGACGGUCAUUUCUGAUCUGAUUCGAAUAUCACCGCACCUAUUCCACCUGCCGACAGAAGAGGCCGUUCAAAACGAGCUGAACAUCAAAUACGCUAACAAGGUGGUGCACCGGCUGGGGCUGAUUGUAGCUGUUUGGGACCUUUUAGAAGUGCAGGACGGUUUGCUCAAGCCUGGCGACGGGGCGGUGUUUGUGAAUGUGCGAUUCCGGGCGGUUGUGUUCAAGCCAGUGGUUGGCGAGGUUCUGACCGGGUGGAUUGAGAGUUGCAGCGCGGAAGGCAUUAAAAUCAAUAUGAACUUCUUCAACGACAUCUUCGUGCCAAAAAAUUACAUGUUCGAAGGAUCGUACUACUCAGCCGAUGACAACGCAUGGAUCUGGAAAAUGGAUGAAGAAACUAAAUUGUAUCUGGACAUUAACGAAAAAAUCAAUUUUCGCAUAGAGAAAGAAGUGUUCAACGACGUGCGACCAAAGGGCCCAGACAACUCGCUCACUUCACUGGCGGUGGAUGACCAGACCAACGGCGCCGACGGUGCGGACCGCAAAUCGCCACCUUACGCACUUGUUGCCAGCUGCCAGACAGACGGAAUGGGCUGUGUCAGCUGGUGGGAGUAA